ACAAACAAAUCCUGUCGGCGAAUUUAGUAAAGCAAAAUUUUCGGGGCUUUGAGCCCACGUGGCAGCACAGGAUUCCACGCGUAAUAAAUCAUCAGUACUACAAUUUGGGGGAUCUUAUAAAUGGUGUAGUUCUAUGUUCCUCUUUUGGUAUAGGGUCCUCCUUUUCUUUGCCUGAGGAAUCUUUGAAAAUACCCUUUACCAUUUAGCCUUUAGGUUUAGGUUAAAUCACUGAAAAAGAAAGAGCACUAAAAAAAAUACACACCAAAAGGAGAGAAAAGAGAGAUAUGGAGGAGACUAAAGCAGUGAAUUCCAGCAGGUUCAAAAGGGUUUGUGUCUUCUGUGGAAGCAGCUCCGGCAAGCGAAACUGCUAUGGUGAUGCUGCCCUUGAGCUGGGCAAAGAACUGGUCUCCAGGAGGUUGGAUCUUGUUUAUGGAGGAGGAAGCGUCGGGUUAAUGGGUUUGGUUUCUCAGGAGGUCCAUCGAGGUGGAGGACAUGUUUUAGGGAUUAUCCCCAAAACUCUGAUGAGCAAAGAGAUAACUGGAGAAACAGUAGGAGAGGUCAAACCCGUUGCGGACAUGCACCAAAGGAAAGCUGAGAUGGCCCGCCACUCUGACUGUUUUAUCGCCUUACCAGGUGGAUAUGGAACCCUUGAAGAGUUAUUAGAAGUUAUAACAUGGGCCCAACUUGGAAUCCACGACAAGCCUGUUGGCUUGAUUAAUGUGGAUGGCUACUAUAAUUAUCUGCUCACCUUCUUAGACAAAGCCGUGGAUGAUGGCUUCAUUAAGCCAUCCCAACGUAAUAUCAUUGUAUCCGCUCCAACUGCAAGAGAACUUGUCCAAAAACUUGAGGAAUACGUGCCAAUGCAUGAUGGAGUUGUUGCUAAGGCAAGGUGGGAGGCUGAACAAUUGGAUUUCAAUUCAUCUUUGCAGACUGAAAUUGUUCGUUAAUUAGAGAAAGAGGACAAUGGCCUCUCUUUCAAUUUUUUUUUUGGCUUUUUUAUAUUUUUUCCGAUCAGCAUAUGCAAUUAAGCAUGCAACUUGCUAGGGUUUCUCCUUUCAAAUUUUGUAUGUACUGUAUUACUCUAGAUCUAGGAUAGAAAGGAGAAAAAUCUAUGGGAUGAGAAAGAAAUUAAGCAAAAAUGUUAGGUGGCUGUUACCUCCUUGUGUUAGAUGAAAAUAGCAAGUGGCAAGUCGUUUUUUUUUUUUUUUGGUCAUGUGCUU